AUGGUUAACCCCAUUGAGUCCACUAACACCGUACUCGUGAGGUUACGACAUCGUACUCAAGAGGACAUGGUUAUUUUGUUUAUGAUAUUGGGAGGGAGGAGGAAGGAUGAUGAAUGGAGCAGCGCCUCAUCUUGGCCUCAUGCAGAUGGCGUCAACAGGUUACGACCAACAGGAAGGCUACCUGCCAAUUCUUCUGCCACCAGGACUCUUCCAUUGUUACCGCCUGGACGUAAACCUGUUGUGACUUGUGCCUCGCGAGACCCCUCCUUGGAUUCACAACACACCGCCGAUAGCAACAGUAUACCACCUAGCCCGAAGCCUAGUAGUAAAAGUAAUCCAGCUCCCCCGCCGCCCCCCGCCACGUCCAAGCCUUCUUUUCCAAGUGAUCGACCAUCAAGAGGACCUCUGCCUGUGCCCCCUAGCCCGGCCAGUAAACCCGCGCCCCCUAGACCACCUGUGGAUGAAAUACACACCCCAACACCCUCUGAGAGUGGCUACCACCCAACCCUUCCCAGUAAGCCAGUGUUAAUCAACAAGCCCUCUGUUGGGAAUAAGCCUGCACCACCUAGACCACCCAGCAGCUCCAAACCAUCACUACCACCUAAAAUUACAGGAGUACAGCCAAAUGGUAGCACUCCACCCUCCAGUAAACCUGCAAGCCGGACAAACAGCAUGAGGGAGUACCGGACAUCAAGUGAAUUAGAGUUCCAAAACCAAACAACAGCCUCGGGGGAAGACUCUCUGCUGCCCUCUCGCACCCCCCCAGAUCACCACAGAUGUGCUCCUAGUGCGCCCGGUCCAGUCCAGGGUCCAACCCGCCCCAACACUGUGGGACGUCACACCGGCACCAAUAUUAUCAGGUCUAUGACGCCUCCUCCCUCGGAGAGACCGCCUCCUCCGCCCAACCGCCCGGUUGUUCCUCCGCCGAGUCAACCUCCUCCUCCUCCACCGUCUAAUCGACCAGUGCCGCUGCCUUCAUCAAAACCUGAG